AUGGGAGGAAGAACAUGUCCUCCUGCGUCACCCAUUUUGCCUCUGAAUUCGUUCUACAGUUUUGAGGAAUUUCAACCAAAGGAGAGAAAGAAAAGGUCAAAGAAGACUAGGAAGACCCACGAGAAGUACAAGAAGAAAGAGAGUUUCUACCAUCUCAGCUCCUUGUCUGCAGAAACUAAUGGUGGUGGGUGGUUCAGCAGUGAAGAGGAACUAGAUGACGAGAUAGAGAUGUUUUUCUCCUCGAGGAGCUUCUCUUCUGAUUCCUCGGAGUCUCGUCACCUAAACAAGAGAAGUUCUUGCCGGAGAUCAGAAGCCAGAGCUGAACGGAGAAGAGCAGUGAGCAAGAAUUCCGAUAUGGGAUGCUGUAUGUUUUCCACUAGGGGGAAAGUGCAGGAAAGUUUCGCAAUAGUGAAGCGCUCCAGCGAUCCUUACAGUGAUUUCAGGACAUUAAAGGUGGAGAUGAUCAUCGAAAAGCAGAUAUUUAAAGCCAAGGAUCUCGAGCAGCUUCUACAGUGCUUUCUGUCGUUGAACUCCAUUCAUCAUCACAAAGUGAUCGUCGAGGUCUUCUCAGAGAUAUGGGAAGCUCUGUCUCUAACUUGUCUUGAAGAAAUCUGCUAUUUCGUCUUGUUAUAUUUAGAUUUCUGA